AUGUCGGUCCUGGCCAUCAUCUCCAUCUUGUUCAUCGUGCUGUCCACCAUCGCCUUGUCCCUCAACACCCUCCCGGAGCUCCAGGACCUGGACGAGUUUGGACAGCCCACAGACAACCCCGAGUUGGCCCACGUGGAGGCCGUCUGCAUCGCCUGGUUCACCAUGGAGUACCUCCUGCGCUUCAUGUCCUCUCCCAACAAGUGGAAGUUCUUCAAGGGCCCGCUGAACGUCAUCGACCUGCUGGCCAUCCUGCCGUACUACGUCACCAUCUUCCUCACUGAGUCCAACAAGAGCGUGCUGCAGUUCCAGAACGUGCGGCGCGUGGUGCAGAUCUUCCGCAUCAUGCGUAUCUUGCGUAUCCUCAAGCUGGCGCGCCACUCCACGGGGCUCCAGUCGCUCGGGUUCACCCUGAGGAGAAGCUACAACGAGCUGGGCCUGCUCAUCCUCUUCCUGGCCAUGGGCAUCAUGAUCUUCUCCAGCCUGGUCUUCUUCGCAGAGAAAGACGAGGAGGACACCAAGUUCAAGAGCAUCCCGGCCUCCUUCUGGUGGGCCACCAUUACCAUGACGACCGUAGGCUACGGCGACAUCUACCCCAAGACGUUGUUAGGGAAGAUCGUGGGUGGCCUGUGCUGCAUUGCUGGAGUGCUGGUGAUCGCCUUGCCCAUCCCCAUCAUCGUCAACAACUUCUCCGAGUUCUACAAGGAGCAGAAGCGCCAGGAGAAGGCCAUCAAGCGGCGCGAAGCCCUGGAGCGGGCCAAGAGGAACGGCAGCAUUGUGUCCAUGAACAUCAAGGAGAACUUUGCCCAGAGCAUGCAGCUCAUGGACGUGGUGGUCGACAAGACUGCCGCUGAGAAGCAGGAGAAAUCCCACGACCAGGACAACCACCUGUCGCCCGCCUCGCGCUGGAAGUGGACCCCAAAGCCAGCCACGUCCGAGACCACCUCCAACAAGUCGUUUGAUGCCAAGGAGACGACAAGGGACAACGAAUCUCCUGAGAAGACACGUCCGGUCAGCCCAGCACAGCACCUGAGCGUGAAGAAGCUUGAGGAGAUGUACAACAAAAUGGGGAAGACCCAAUCCCAGCCCAACCUGAAUAGCAAGGAGAAGCCGCCCAUGUCCAGAGUGUCAAAGAUAAGAGACGAGAUCGAGAUGGGCACCAUACCGACGGACCGUGACCGCGACCGCAACCGCAUCCCAACGUGUGCGGAGGGCGUGACGGACAUGCGUAGCAUCUCCAGCAUCGACAGCUUCAUCAGCUGCGGGACCGACUUCCUGGACAGCUCCCGCUUUUCACAGAGCCCCGUCAACCACCCUCCCGGCAAGGUCAGCGCCAACCCCGGCCUGGAGACCACCUUGGAGCACCAUGCCGAGUCCACGUCAAGCCCGGCAACGUCCACGAAGCAGUUCGCCACCAAGUCGGACGGCAGCCGGCACGGCCUGCUGUCAUCGGUGGCAGAGAGCCCCAGGGGAAUCCGUCUGCUGAACCCACUAAAGGGACGCUCGCUCAAGGUCAACUUCCAUGGCGUGGACACUGGUCCCGGAACAACCACAACGUCCUCCUCACAAGCAGGCGGCACCAGUGCACAGCCACUUCUUUCCGACAGCUCCGCCAUGUCAGACCGCUCCGUCCUCAGCCCCGAGGUGUCCAUGUACACCACCGCGAGCACCAGGACGCCUCCCAAGACCCCUGAGCUGCUGCCCGGCGUCUUCACCUUCCAUGACUCCUCCAUCAACAAGUACAUCGACGCAGACACAGACGACGACGACCAUCUCCACGACGGACCCGAUGCCAGUCUCCUCGGCAACGCGGGAGGGCUCCACCAGCGCCAGCGGGCAGCAACAGCCAAUCAUCUGGAGGGUUCUUCUCAGAGGGGGCUGGCCACACAGAAUAGUGUGUUCCCUACGGGGGGAGUAGGUGGGGGCGGAGGAGGGCAGGAGAACCAUGUGACGCAGGGGGAGAGACGGCGUUCCAACACUUACACCAACACUGAAGCCAGCUAA